UGUGUGUAUGUGUACUCACGCGGUACUUGGGCAACGCCAGCGACCGGAAAUGUCAGACCCCUUCUCCUCCAUAUAUGGUCAAAACCCCGCCCACAGCGCGUCAUCGCUCUGACAGUGCGGAUCCCGCGGGUCUAGAGUUUUGGCUCCCGGGAAAGGCUUCAGUCCUAGGGGAUAGAGGGCUGAGUUUUGUACGCUUCCAUCCAUUCCGAGAGACGCUAAAGGCCCCCCUCAUCAAGCUCUCUCCCGCGUCCGGGAACACCUCCGCGCUAAAUCAUAGUUUUUUUCCCGUUUAUUUGUCUUUUGGAGCUGGAGCGCCUUGCCAGAAAGUGGUCGAUUCAGCAGUGUCCUGAAGCUUUUUUUUUCCUGUAGGGAUGAUGACACGAGCCUGAGAGCAUCAUCACAGCGCAAAGUUACAAGAGAUGUUGAACUGAUUUUUUUAAGAAAGAAAAGGAAAAAAAAAACAACAUCCAGGUAUUUCGACGACUCCUCCAACGGGAUCUCGAUCCAAACAAGCCGCUGAGAGAAUCUUGACAGAGAAUCCUCCACUCACUAAAAUCCUCCAUGUCGUGCCAACACGGGACGCGCUGAAGAAGGAGCCGAGACUUGUUGUGUACUGGGCUUGUUUCUAUUUUUUUUCCCUUCAACAAAUCACGACCAAACUCUCGCAGAGAUCCUAGUGCGUCUCGUGGAGAAACGACGCGUCCUUUCCCGAUUUUCGCUUUGACCUCGUCGGCUGGAGCUGGUUUGCGCGCACGCCGCUUUAAUGUUUGGGAUUCAGGAGAAUAUACCGAGAGGGGGGACGACUAUGAAAGAGGAGCCGCUGGGCAGCGGCAUGAACCCCGUCCGAUCGUGGAUGCAUACGGCCGGGGUGGUGGAUGCUAACACAGCCGCCCAAAGCGGAGUGGGUCUGGCGCGGGCGCAUUACGAGAAACAGCCGCCGUCCAAUCUGAGGAAGUCCAAUUUUUUCCACUUCGUCUUGGCUCUGUACGACAGACAGGGUCAGCCCGUGGAGAUCGAAAGGACAGCUUUUGUGGACUUUGUGGAGAAGGAGAAAGAACCAAACAGCGAAAAAACUAACAAUGGGAUACAUUACAAACUACAGCUUUUAUACAGCAACGGAGUCAGAACAGAACAGGAUCUUUAUGUACGGUUAAUCGAUUCCAUGACAAAACAGGCUAUAAUUUAUGAAGGCCAAGAUAAAAAUCCAGAAAUGUGCCGAGUUCUCCUCACACACGAAAUUAUGUGCAGCCGGUGUUGUGACAAGAAAAGUUGUGGGAACAGAAAUGAAACCCCUUCAGACCCUGUGAUCAUCGACAGAUUCUUUCUGAAAUUCUUCCUCAAGUGCAAUCAGAACUGCCUGAAGAAUGCAGGCAAUCCACGAGACAUGCGCAGGUUCCAGGUCGUUAUAUCGACGACAGUUAACGUGGACGGUCACGUGUUGGCCGUUUCGGACAACAUGUUCGUCCAUAACAACUCCAAACAUGGCCGCCGUGCCCGCCGCCUUGACCCCUCUGAAGGUACGGCCCCUCCUUAUCUGGAGAAUGCAGCUACCCCGUGCAUAAAGGCCAUUAGCCCCAGUGAAGGCUGGACCACCGGCGGAGCCACGGUCAUCCUCAUCGGCGACAACUUCUUCGACGGCCUGCAGGUCGUGUUCGGCACCAUGCUCGUAUGGAGCGAGUUGAUAACGCCCCACGCUAUCCGAGUGCAGACUCCCCCCAGACACAUCCCCGGGGUCGUGGAGGUCACCCUGUCCUACAAGUCCAAGCAGUUUUGCAAAGGAGCGCCAGGACGAUUCGUCUACACCGCUUUGAACGAGCCAACUAUUGACUACGGCUUCCAGAGACUGCAGAAGGUCAUCCCAAGACAUCCAGGUGACCCGGAGAGGUUGCCAAAGGAGGUUCUACUAAAGAGAGCAGCUGACCUUGUAGAGGCUCUGUACGGCAUGCCCCACAACAACCAGGAGAUCAUUCUGAAGCGGGCAGCAGACAUCGCCGAAGCUCUUUACAGUGUACCACGUAACCACAACCAGAUCCCAUCUCUCGCUAACACCGCGUCCCACGGAGGCAUGAUGGGCGUCAAUUCUUUCAGCAGCCAGCUGGCGGUCAACGUCUCCGAGACUUCACAGGUCGGCUACAGCCGUAGCACAAGCAGCGUGUCACCUCGUGGCUACGUGCCCAGCAGCACUCCACAGCAGUCCAACUACAACACCGUCAGCAACAGCAUGAACGGCUACGGAAACACCGGCAUGCCCAACCUGGGUGUCCCGAGCUCGCCUGGAUUCCUCAACGGCUCAUCCGCCAACUCGCCCUACGGCAGUAAGUAUCAAGUAGUUCCAUCGAGCCCUACCAUGGCAGCCUCUUCGGUCAGCCUCUCUUCAAACUGUAGCAGUACACACGGCAUUUUCUCAUUCUCACCUGCCAAUGUCAUCUCUGCAGUGAAACAAAAGAGCGCCUUUGCCCCCGUUGUCAGGCCCCAAGCAUCUCCACCUCCUUCUUGCACCAGUGCAAAUGGCAAUGGACUUCAAGCUAUGUCCGGACUGGUGGUCCCUCCCAUGUAAAUUGCACUUCCACCACUUGUAAAGCAGCAGUGUCUGUGCAGUGAGCCUCGGGGUACGUCGAGGAACGUCCUCCUGAAACGAUCGGCAUCCGUCAUGAAGUCAUUCAACACCUACGUCUAAUUCCGAGGAAGGAAAAAAAAAGAGACUUUGUUUUAAAGAUUUUAUUCAGACUAAUGUAAAUCGACAUGCAAGAAACUUUGUCAUGAACAUUUGAAAUUUAUUGACUGAAUUUCUUGUCAUAUUUUCACGUUUCUCUGUCUCGAAGAAGAAAAAAAAAUCAAGGAAGAAAAAAAUGACUAUUUUGUAUAAACCUUUCUGGUUUGUUCUUGGCUAGAUCUUGUUAUGUGUGGGGAGGAACCUUGUGGAUAUACCAUUUGAUGAAAACACACUGAAAUGUCUCUGAAUGUUUCUUUUCGAGUGAUGCGCAGCCGUCGCACAUCUCUAUAAUGUGAAGUCAUUUCUUUCUUUUUUUUCGGUCAUAAAUUUUUGCUUUCAUUUUUUAUUUUUUUGCUUUUUCUCUCUUUUGAUUUUGUGGUGAGAAAAAUAGGGGCCAAGCCAAUACUGCAGAGCCAACAAACUGGAAAUCACGUAACCUAAAACAUGAGUUAUAAAAAUGUAAAGUUUAAAGUGAAUAGGAGUGAACGGGGAGGAACCGGCAGAGGAGAUGUUAUCAUACAUAUUUCAUCGCAAAUGAACUUUGUAACUUAUUGUAGGUAGAAAUUGUAACUUUGAUAUCGCAAAAAAUUCUCUUGCCUUCGACAAGCACACUAACAGAGACGAAACGCUACUGUCUGUUGGUUUAAAAAAAGAAAAAAAAGAAAAGCAAAAAAAAAAAAAAAAAAAAGAAGGAAAAAUACUUCCACUGCUAAAGCUUCCUGUAAAGCGAGUGUGAUCUGCAAUGUUUUUCAACUUUUUGCUAGCACUGUAUACUAUUGCAUUCUUAGGCUACUGUGGAGUCUAUGUUUCUUGUACCAGAAAGUUGUCCUUUUACUUCUAGCUCCUUAUUCCCUAAUGUGUUUUGUAUGUGGUUAUACAAUUGUAGACUUUUGUGAUUUUGCCAAAGUUGUAGCUAAAUAUUUAUACACUCGUCUUGAAUUUUUUCCAGAUCCACUUAAAUAUUUAGUACAGAGUUUUAUUCCUACUGAAAAAACAGCUAGGAGUAAAAUAGUCUUAUACAUUGCAACACUUUCACACAAACACUUGCGAUCACUAAGGGGUUUUUUGUAACAUAUCAAUUAUAAAUAUUGUAUUUAUCUUUGAAAUUUUUUUGUAUAUUGCUUUCCAUACUUUUAUUUUGAGCUCAUAUGUAAUGUUUAUUAUAGCCAAUAUUGUGAUGCAACACAGAAUGUUAAAGCCAAGACCAGUUGCCACCAUUUUUUUUUUUUUCUUGUUUAGGAUCAAUAGAUGAAUUUUCUCUCCAUUUUAUUUGUACUUUGUUACAUCAGAAAAAUUCCAUAAUUUUUAUUUUAUUUGCAGUUUGUGAUUUAGAGCAACAAUCAAAUCCUUGUUUAUUUUUGUAUUCAUUUUUAAAUUAUCUGAAUUUUUUUUUUUUUUUUUUUUUUAAUAAAUCCUGUUUGUUGUAUAGUCAAAUAAAUCGUUUGUGACACAUGGCUGUAAUAAUAAUAGUAGAAUAUGUGCAUGUCAAGCAGCCCCAGGGGGGGGGAGAGAUUCAAUUGUGGUUGUAAAUUUUGUUUUUUGUAGAAUGUAAAAAGUCAUUUUUACCUGCCACUCAUGACUUUGCCGCAUUAUAGCUCAACCAUGUUUACAGGGAAUAAAGGAACAAAAUAAAACAAAACAAGAAAAGGAUUCAAGCGAAAGGAAAAAAAAGAAGAAAAAAGCAGGAACGGACACAUACGUACGUCAGUCACUACUGUUUAUUAAAAUAUGUCGGGGGGGUAAAAAAAAAAAAGCUCUGUCCAAACCUUUAGACUGAAUCUGUUGAGAGGAAUCUUUUCUGCUGUUUUAAUAACAACCCAUCCACCACAAAGCCAAUCAUUACCAUUCAAAUGAUCAAUGGUGUAAAAAGCACAAGCCUUUUUUUACUAAAAAUAAAAAAGUGAUUAUUGUGACCCCUCAUCCUUUUGACUAUUUUGUCAGUUUCUUUUCUCUCAAUUUUUUUUUCUUUUUUCUUUUCUUUUUUUUGUUGUUGUUGUUGUAAACAUUCGAUUUGCUAUACUCCCUAAAGUAAGACUGAUAAUCCAGGGGGGGAAAAAAUAAAUAAAUAAAAAGGUUAGAGUUUUGUAUCAUAAACGUAUAUGAAGAGCCGAGAUUAAGAUCUUCUAUAUUGUACAUGUCAUUUUGUAAGUACGCCAUUAUACAGCAGCAUAUACAGUACAGUAGCUAAACAUAUUAGUUAACCAGUCCACAAAUUUCCUUCUUCUUCUCUCCCGAUGAGUUUCGUUUGCCUAGCUGUGCCAAAAUCAGCGACAAAAUUUUUUCCCUUUUUUUUUUUGCACUUAACACUUUGUAAAUCUCCUGUUGUACUGUUAAGUAGUCUGUUUCAAACCAAAAGGGGACGUUCCCUCUUGGCAAUCUGCACACAAGUUUCCUUUAGCAGCAGGAAGCAAGGGCAGCUGUAGAAGGGAAUGAGUGAUGAAUGUGCAAUGCAUUUGCUUUGUGAUAGCUCAACAAAGCUUAGCUAAGUGGAGGAGCUGGGGAAGUCACCUUGAAAGUGAGAGGAACCCAAGGUUACAUGAAGUGUAUUUGUGAAUAUCGUCAUUACUGCAACCUGGAUUUUGUGUUUUUAGCCUAAUUAGACCAUGCACUCAGUGUUUUAUUGCCAUUAGUCUGAAGAUUUCAGUAAAUUGUAGAUUGACUCUGUAAGGAGAAAAUACUAUUUUUGUUUCAUGUAUACAUUUUUUUAUGUUUAUGUAAACAUUUCUACAUUUUACUGUACAAAGAUGUUCAUUUUACACAAUAUUUAAUUAAAGUAUUUCUUGUCUGUGA